AUGUGCCUCUGCCUGAAGAUCAUCCUGACACCUUUACCUGUGGCUAAUCACAGGAAUAUGGCAUACCGGUCUAGUACAGAAUAUAACCAUCAUGCGUCCGAGUCAAGCCCAUAUGACCUAAGGAAUGCAAAACCACGAUGGCAGCAACCCGCCGAGAUUGCGCAAGAGUACUCUUCCUCAUCUCAUUCCCUUUCGACUGCGACAGCUCCUGCAACGACCCAGGACUUUGAGCAGAUGGAACGUCGAGACCGCAAUGCCCGAGACGGCGACGAUGCAUUCUGGAGCAGACGUCCACGUGCCCGCGAUAGCAAUGUUGCAUCACUAGGCGCUUCUCGCUCACACUCACAAUCGCGACUCAGUAGAAUACGGACGACAAUCACCGAGGAGUUCGCACCUGGACGCCGCAGCGAGUCACCACAGAGUCAUGGCUCCCUGAGCACAUUUUGGAAACCGGCAUUGCUCAUCUCACUGUUGGCUCUGCUAAACAAUAUUUUGGUCGGGUUUUCGGGUUUUCCUGAUGCUAGAACGAUUAGGAGAUCAAGUACAGAAGAGGUGUGGACGUCGCACGAUGAAUCUGUGGUUGAAAGAGUCGGACAUCAAAUUUGCAAGAUACCUGUGGUUUCGAGAGGGCUGAGUUGUAGUCAGCCCUCGGGAUCAGAAGUAACGAGUGAUGGAUCCAUCCAUCACUAUCUCCGCGGCGUCGUGUCUGCGCUGUCCGAAAACCCAGAUGCCGCGGACGCAAUCCUGGACAUGACCGAGGACAUCAAAAAAGAGUUGAUCGCACUGCAAAAGCUGGAUACGGAGACGACACGAUCAAUCGGACCUGCUGAAUCUAUACACAUUGAGAGUGACGUGCGAGCAAAACUGCUUUGCACCGAUCAUCUGCUCAACCUUACUUCAAUUCUCGAAGGAGCCCUGGUGGAUUGGGACAACGACAAAGAUGAAUUGCUAGACACCAUGCAAGCUCAACUUACAUCACUCAACCUCGAACACCAAGACAUGGCGAAGGAACGGUUUAAUAUGGCUGUUGCUCGCAACCUCGAGGAGAUUGCAACAUCGCUCGAGCACAUGCAGUCAUCAAAUUCAGCUGUUUUGAACAGAACUUUGGGAUUGUUGCUUGACGACAUGCCUCUUUUGGCACAGUGUGUAGAGGCCUCUGGAAACGCAGAUGUUCACGAUACUUCGACACCGACCGACCGUCCGUCUAUUCUGAAGCGCUUGAUACUAUGGUCACUACCUUUCCCCACGCCCCUUUCCAACACUGCCGAUCCCUCGCCCACUCCAGAUCAAAGAAAGAAAAUUAUCCACGACCAUACGCUGGCCAUGCAUCCUCUACUGCAGGCCAUCCAGGCCUCAAACGCCAAAGCUUACUCUGCAGCCACUACAGCACAAACAAUGAUAAUGGUACGCACCUCAUGGAUAGGCAACAUAAUAGAAGUGUUUUGGCGAGGACAGCGAGAGACCUUCGACAAAGAUUUGUUAGCGGGAUUGAAGGAGAUGAGGAGCUUGGUACCUAUGCUCAUGGAGCAAAGAAGGGGAGGCAGGGCGGAAAGAAAGUACACGCGAGUAAUGGCUAGAACUAGAAAAGCAGUGAAGGAGAUCAAAGCGAAAGCGAACAAGGAACCAAGACUGAAGACUCGUCGGGUACAGAGCUCUUUUAGGGUAUGGGAGAGAAGAGGAGGAGUGAUGGAGGAAGUGGUAUCAGAGCAUCAUGAGCAUGAAGAGUGA